UCAAGGUGGUCGCAAUAACGACAUAAACGCAUAGAUAAUUUCAUAUUUGUCUGUUACAAGCGAUAUAUUUCCGCAGUUUACGUAUUUUUUGCCACAACAAGCGAGCGUACAUAAGUGGUAAUAGCACUCCUUAUCAGUUGGCGGAACGGCGUUUGGAUUAUAGCAAUUUAUAGCAGUGGCAGCAAGUGCAGCAGCGGCAACAGCAGUAAUCAGCAAAAUAUUAACAUUUAUGGUGGAUAAUUAAAAAAGUUCUUGACCAUAAAAAGCAGUUAAACAACUUUAUCAUAAUUUGGUGAAAUUCUACAACAACCAAAAAAAAAACAAUUACUACAACACUGUGGCAACAAUUUUAUGAUAAAAUCACGCAUUUUGCAACACUGAAACAGCAUUGAAAGCAAUUGACAGCGUCAAAAGAGCUGACAGCAACAAYAACUGUGUAGAAAGCAGAGCGAUAGUGAGAGAGAGGAGGAGAGCGAGCCAUUUAUAGUUUGACAUUUGUUGAUUCUGACAAGCGUUUAGUCGCCGCAGCUAAAAGAAAUCGAAGAAAAGUAAUAGACCAAUAGUCCGGACUGCCAAAUUUUCGACGGUGCAUUCCGUUUGGAAUUUGUGUUACAUUUAGUUAAAAAAUUGGUUGAAAUUAAAAAUAGGAAUCGCAAUCUCUGCGCGACGUGCACGUUACCUGUGUGUUCCGUCGUCUUUUAAGUGUGCAAGCAAAUUGGACGAGCCACAUGCGUUAAUUUGACAGUUGCGUGCAGCUGUCUCGUCGCCUUCUUAUUGUGUGUGGUGUCCGAUUCGAUUCUAAUACGAUCCGAGAUUCCCUCAAAAAGUGUCAAAAGUGCGUUUUUGUGUUUAUUUUUGGAAUUCAAGUGUUUGCUGUUUUGUACAGGCCACAAAAGGCACCAUUAAGAGCACACACAUUCCCGUGUUUACUCUGCAUAUAUACGAAUUUGAUUCAAUUUAGUGUUGAAACGAAUGAGAAAGUGAUAUUACUAUAUAUUGAAGUGUUGAGGUUUGCAGUGACGAGCCGUKCUGUGCUGUUUGAUAUYGUCUAUUAAAGCGCAAGUGUUCCUCCUGCUAACAGCUGCCGUUUACGGCAUAUCAAAAUCCUACGGCAAUAACAACCACAGUGCCACAGCGUUUACAAGCAACCGCUUUACAAACAGCAGUUGCUGCCAAGUGUGUGUGUUCGUGUUAUUUAUUAAAGGUGUAAACAUAAAUUCGUCACGGUGGAGAACUUCUACCUUAGAAUGGAUCCUACGCGAGGUGACUCGCGCUACAACCUCAACUAUCCUAUGAGCGGCAUCGGCCUCAGUUUGGCCGAUCAAGCCGACUUAUAUGGUGGUAAUCCAGCGACUGUUAGUGCGCUUGGCGGUCGUCCACCAUCAGGUGGCCUCAUACAGCCUAUGGGUGGUGGUGCCGGUGUAGGAUUCAGUUCCCGUGCUAGCGGUCUYAUGCCCAACAGUACACAGUGUCAAUCGUUGGUUAGCGGUGCUGGCAAYAGUACAGGUGGCCAUUCAAGUCAACAGCGCGGCAUCAAACGUGCUGGUUCCGAUUGUUAUGAAGAUCAUCAUCGUAGUAGUAGUACUACGGGUAUGUCAACACAAUCGUUGCAAGGACUCGAUUGUGUUGGCGGUAGCGCGCAACAAAGUGCACAACAGCAGCAGCAACAACAACAACAGCAGCAGAGUCAAGUGAGUGGCAAUGUGCCGGAUGUGGUGGACGAUAGUUAUACUGCGUUGCAAAACAAAAAGUCACCUCCUGCUAACGGCAAGAAGACAAAAGGGCGAGUCAAAAUCAAAAUGGAAUAUAUUGAUAAUAAAUUGCGUAGAUAUACGACAUUUUCCAAACGCAAAACCGGCAUCAUGAAAAAGGCAUACGAACUGUCCACACUAACCGGCACCCAAGUGAUGCUGUUAGUCGCUUCAGAGACUGGACACGUUUACACGUUCGCCACCCGCAAACUACAACCAAUGAUCACAUCCGAGGCUGGUAAACAACUAAUACAAACAUGUCUCAACUCACCGGAUCCGCCUAGUGUGGGCGGCGGUGAUCAACGCAUGUCAGCGACUGGCUUCGAAGAGACCGAAUUAAGCUAUAACAUAGCGGACGAGGACUCAAAAGUAAGACAAUUAAUUUACGGUCAUCAUGGUCACGCCCAUCUCAGUCAUCCGCAAGCGCCUGCAUCACACUACGGACUCGAGCAGAGUAUAAUGCAAUCGCCAUAUAGCGGUGGACAACCAUCGCCACUGUCGCAUGCGCAAGCGUAUGCAACACAUGGCGGGCAUGCGCAUCACACGCAYGUGCCACAUGUGCCACAUUCGACGCACUCGCAUAUGUCGCAUACGCAUGCGCAGCGAUAGGUGUGUGUGUGUGGGUGCCAUGCCUGCCUACAAAUUGUUGGCCGUUACGAGGUCUACGUUAAACGUUAGUACUAUAUAGUAAAAAUACAGCGAAAGCAUUAUAAGCUUUUGACGAGCUUUCAUGCCUAUGAAAGCUUUUGCUGAGCUUUCAUGCCUAUGAAAGCUUGCCACAUAUGCGCAAGCGUUAGUUUAUACAUAUUUUUGUGACAAUUCAUGGUGUCAGCUGUCAACGGUCAGCUGUCAUGUCAUUACUUUUAUGAGUUAACUUAACACUUUUUCACUUUUUCAACGCGUGUACUUAAACAGUUAAACAAUUAGUUAAAAUCCAGACAUUCCAAACUGUGCCUUACAUUUUAACUACCGUUAUUUUGUUUGCAUAGUACAAAAUAGUCGUUCAUAUUCGUAAGCUUUYUCCACUACAAUUACACUUAGUUGUAUGUAACGAAUAUAAACGAAUAUGAGCAAUGAUCUCGCCUCUAAUUAGCACAUAAAUGCUCAAUAAUUUAAUAUGUUAUGAACGGUAAUAUGUAUAAUAAUAUAUAUUAAAGAAAAAAUUACAAAAAUAAAAACAAAAACGUACGAAUAUACGAAACUAGUCAUUUAUGAUGAGUUGACACGAAACUGAAAACGGUAACCAGACAAAAUCCACGGACCAACCACUCUCGUACRCACCCACUACCCACUGGUACAUACAUACAUAUCUACAAUUCUGUUCGUAAAUCUCAAGUAAGUUGAACUGUGCCAUAUUUUUAUUUCAAAUUCACAUAAAGWAGCUGAAACUGUAAACGAUGCUGCAUCGUAGUCAAGUUUCAGCACGAACUGCAUAAAUGCAGUGAAGCGCGCUUUUAGGCGCAUAGCCUUGCAUCAUUGUCCCUGCGUMUUCUCUACGUGCAAUCACAAAAACGUGUACCCCAGUGCCAUAAAUUGGAGCUUACUAUACCCAAUCUAGCAAACAAUAGCAACAACAACACAACAGUGGUUGUAGCAAACGGACGAAAAGUGCAAAAAGCGCGCAAAGUGAGCAACUAGUGAAUUGUUUUUAUUUUUUUAAUAAUUAUUUAAAGGAAAAUCUUAAACUGAAUUCAGUGCCAUUUUUGAACCAACUCGAAGGCUUUAAGUUUUCAAACGGCUAUUUGCAGAAAGUAGAAAAAGUAGCAAGCAACAAAAGUGAAAAUAAAAG